AAGUUUUGAUAUGAUUUAGCCACGUAUUAAACUAUUAAUGGUUCCACCUAUUACCAUAACACAACGAUUCCUCACUGCAAAAUCAAUUCUCACUUUUUCACUCUCUCGCUCACUUUUUUACCGUAACAUUUCAGAUCAGCGACAACACAAACACACCAAAAUGGAUUACAUCGAUCACGGCGGCGAUCACCGUCGUCGUCGUCGUCGUCGGAGCCUCCACUCUUCAAUUCAACACAUUUCUGUCAUUUUCAUAUAUCUCACUUUCCAUUCAGUCAUUACACUCGUCGGUGCUUCCAUUCAUGACUACCAAAACGAAACCUUUAUCCGUCGGUCUAAUUCGUUUUUCUUCCAUGGCGGUAGUGAAGGUCUUUAUGCUUCUAAACCUAUUUCGUUUAAUCACUCUUUAUCUUCUCAAGAUAAUUUUCCCACUGGUAAAUCCUUCAUCAGGUUUGAGUCCAUUACCUUUCGAAGAACAAAAGAAUCUGCUGAAAAGGCAAGUUCUAUGCAGCAAAAGACAGGGUUGGUUGAAGCUAUAAUAAUUAAGGUGAGAGAUAGGAAUAACAUUGGGAGUGUUUCUUUGAACUCCGAUGCUAUAUGCUGCACUCCUGAGCUUGCCAAAGAAGGUUCUUGUAAGUUAGGAGAGGUUAUCAUCCGUGAAAACCCUGACGAACCAAAUGGACCGAAACGCUUGCAGACCUUUUUUGAAGGGCAGGAUGAAGAGACUAACAUGGUUAUUCAAACUGUUGAAAUAAAUAGUACUGGAAUGUAUUAUUUGUAUUUCAUGUUUUGUGAUCCUCAACUGAAGGACACAGUGAUUUCUGGAAGAACUGUUUGGAGAAACCCGGAUGGUUAUCUACCCGGAAAGAUGACACCGUUGAUGACAUUUUAUGGUUUGAUGUCUUUGGCUUACCUUUUUCUCGGUCUUGUUUGGUUUCUCUGGUUUGUACAGUAUUGGAAGGAUGUGAUACAGUUGCAUUACCACAUUACUGCAGUUAUUGGCCUUGGCAUGUGUGAAAUGGCCUUGUGGUAUUUUGAGUAUGCAAAUUUCAAUUCAACGGGAAGCAGGCCAAUGGUAAUUACAGUAUGGGCCGUGACUUUCACUGCUGUCAAGAAGACAGUGUCGCGGCUUCUUCUUUUGGUGGUUUCUAUGGGUUUCGGAGUUGUGCGACCAACACUUGGUGGUCUAACGUCAAAAGUAAUUCUUCUUGGUGUGGUAUAUUUUGUGGCCUCAGAAGCACUUGAGCUGGUAGAACAUCUCGGUAAUAUUAAUGACUUCUCUGGAAAAGCAAGACUUAUCUUGGUGCUGCCUGUGGCUCUGUUGGAUGCUUGCUUUAUUCUUUGGAUCUUUUCAUCAUUAUCUAAAACCCUGGAGAAGCUUCAGAUUCGGAAAAGUACUGGAAAACUUGAGUUGUACAGGAAAUUUACAAAUUCUCUUGCAGUGACGGUGCUGCUUUCAGUAAUAUGGAUCGGUUAUGAGUUGUACUUCAAUGCGUCUGACCCUUUGGGUGAAUUAUGGCGAAGAGCUUGGGUCAUCCCGGCUUUCUGGACUUUGCUUGCUUAUGCUCUCCUGAUAGUGAUCUGCAUUCUCUGGGCCCCAUCUCGUAAUCCAACAAGGUAUUCAUACUCGGAAGAGACGGGAGAUGACUUUGAUGAGGAAGCUGUCACAAUUGUUGGAAGUGGAGUUAAGGUGUCUGAAAUGGCUACCAGGCUAGAAAGAAAGGAUAGAAAGUCAUCAUCGACAUCACUUUCUACAGAUCAUCAUGUAUUUGGAGUAGUUGAAGAGGAAGACAAGAGAGAGUGAUUUGGUCUCAACUUCUUUAAUCACUUUUAUUCACUUGGGUGGGCUUAAAAGAUGUCAAAUGGAGAAGUAACAAGGGAUAGAGAAAGAUCAUUAUUCAAUGGUCAUUCAGCUUCUAAAUUUGAGGUGAUCCUGUGAGCUUUUCAGGAUGGAUGUUCCGUGGACAGCAACCAAAAUCUAACUGGUUGUGUGCUUGGUAAGGGGGCAGAAUUCCUUGCCUAGUUAUAUUGUCGUUGUAACUAGUUACCUCAACAUGGUUCAAGUAACUUUUGACCUUAUUUUUGCUUACCCUUUUAUGUGCUCUAUUGGGCAUUGUUAAAGAAAUACAAGGAAAGAGAAUGUUAAAACCAAAGUACAAAAUCUAUCAAAAGAUAUGAGCUGAGGCUUAGUUACAUUGAUGCUUUAA